UCCUCCAUUUCCACAGCACAAUCCCUUCACUCUACAAUCUCAAUUAAACCUAACCCUACCUACAUCUUCUUAAUUCCAUUGAUCACAUACAUACAUACAUGCAUAUAUAUAUAUAGAGAGAGAGAGAGAGAGUAGCAACUAGCUAGAACAGCCCUUAUUGAUAUAUUGAAUAACAAUCAGCCAAAAAAUAAAGAUUCAAGUAUAGUUAGGCAUCAAUCUUUAAUUUUUAAUAUAUAUAUAUAUAUAUAUAUUCAUGUGUGGAUAUCAUACCAAAGAUUGAUUGGCACUAGUGAUCCAAUUUUAUGGCCAUUGCUGCCAUGGACAACAAUCAUAAUAAUCCCAAUCAUAGCAGCGCCGCCACCGCCGCCACCGCCGGCCAAGACGCCGGAAGCAAGCACGAGCACGAUCACGAAGACACCGACGCCGUCAUGCCGGGAUUUCGAUUCCACCCGACGGAGGAGGAGCUCGUCGAAUUCUACCUCCGGCGAAAGAUCGAGGGCAAGCGCUUUAACAUUGAGCUCAUCACCUUCCUCGACCUCUACCGCUACGACCCUUGGGAGCUCCCAGCCUUGGCGGCCAUAGGAGAGAAGGAAUGGUAUUUUUAUGUGCCGAGGGAUCGAAAGUAUAGAAACGGAGACCGGCCUAAUCGUGUGACUACAUCGGGGUAUUGGAAGGCGACCGGCGCCGAUAGGAUGAUUAGAAGCGAGAAUUCAUUGUCCAUCGGCCUCAAGAAAACCCUAGUUUUCUACUCGGGUAAGGCUCCGAAAGGUAUCCGGUCUAGCUGGAUCAUGAACGAAUACCGGCUGCCUCACCACGAGAUCGAACGCCUCCAAAAGGCGGAGAUAUCCCUAUGUCGAGUCUACAAAAGAGCCGGCGUCGAAGAUCAUCCCUCCCUCCCGCGAACCCUCCCGACAAAGGGCUCAUCAUCGUCACAGCCGCCCCAAAGGCGAGCCGUGAAGAUGAAUGCCCCGAGCUAUGGAGGAUCUACUCACGAUCCAAGAGACUUAAAAAUAAACGAGUCGAGUCCGAGCAGCACCACCACCACCGAUCUCGCCCUCUCGCACAUCAACAUCAACAACAAGAACAAUGCUCCUCAAAUCACGCCCCCCGCCGGAAUCUUCUCAGCCAGCUUGCCCCAUGGCGCCAUCAUCGACGACCUCCACAAGCUCGUCCACACUUGCAACAACCCUCAUGAUCACCACCACUCUGAACAAACCCCGCUUAUAAUGUCGCAGUUUGCCGGCCAGCCGGCGAUUCCGGCGGCAUUUUCCGACAGGUUGUGGGAUUGGAAUGGGGUUCCGGAGGUAGCCAAGGAUUACACAAACUUCUUCAAGUGAAUUUUGUGACUUUUUUUUACAGUGGUUGGUUGAUCAUUGAUAGAGAGAGAAAUGUCAUACAUAUAUCUAUAUAUGUAUCUAUUGUUUAUGUAUUUGUGCAUGUAUAUUACUACCAUAUUUGAAUCUUGAUGGAUUCAUAUAUUGUCAUGCCUAAUUAUUUUGUCUGCUCAUAAUUUACACGUACAAACAGGGGUGUGUGUUUGCGAGUAAAGGUUUUUUUGUUGAGAUU